GUGUUCGGCGCCUGUUGGAGAUGCUCUUAGCCAGAUCUCAGUACGGGAAGGCGAGCGCAGGCGGCGGGCGGCGAGCGGCGAGCCCUUUCUGCCAGAUCCCAACAAGGAAAGGCGAGCGGCGGGGAGAAGGCGAGGCGAGGACGCCUCGUGAGAUGGAGGCGGAAGGGGAUUCCGGCAAGUCCGUGGGGGAGCAGCCCCAAGUUCUCCCUGGCCCUGGGAACCCCGAUUCUCGUGGCACCAAGAAUCCCAGAAAGGAUCAAGCUCUGCUCAGACAACUCAGGAAAGAGGAGAAGGAACUCAAGGACGAGGAGAGACAACUGCUGCAGGAGAGAGAGCAGAUGGAGUCGACGGAGGAGCAUCAGAGGUUAGAUUUGUCCAGCCCCGACUGCAGUUCGAUUAAGCAGAGUCGAGAUUUGUUGGAUAGAAUCGAGCGCAACGCACAGCGCCAACUGGCCGUCACCGAUGAAAUCAGGCGCUUGAGCGAGCAGAUGAGGGCUGUCAAAGCACGCAGCCUGACGGAUAUUCAGGGUGUGGAGCACAAGACUGAAGAAACUGCAGCCUUGGAUGAGCGUGAUCCUGCUAAUGGCGGGGAGCUCAAGCCGGAAACUGCAGCCUUGAAUGGGCAUGAGGCUGAUGGUGCUGCUGCUAAUGGCGGGGAGCUCAAGCCGGAAACUGCAGCCUUGAAUGGGCAUGAGGCUGAUGGUGGUGCUGCUAAUGGCGGGGAGCACAAGAUGGAAACUGACGCCUUGGAUGAGCAUGGUGAUGCAGCUAAUGGCAGGGAGCGGAUGGUGGAAACUGCCGCCUUGGAUGUCGACGGCGGUGGUGAUGAGGAGCACAUGGACUGCGACAUUUCAUCCAUGGAGGACCAGGUGCCGAGGAUCGACUCCAAAUCAGAGCCAGAGGCAGAGGCGGCGGCGACAGGUCCAGAUACCAAUGUGUCAACGAUUGAAUCAAAUCUCUCAGCAUCAGACAAGUCAAUACCCAAACCUGCAGAUCAUGUUCCCAUCAACAGAGGCGAUCAUGUUGUUGAGAAGAUGGACAGAGGCAAAUCAGCCGAACAAUUAGCCAGUGAGGCCGCGACGAUGAAUGCCCAACAGCAGAAAUUUGAUCGGUUUGUGGAUGACUGGGAUGCUAAAUGGGGUUCGGCAGGGUUCAGUCUCUUCCAUUACAUGACGACGGUCAGUUGCAUGCAAUAUACACACUUGAUACCCGGGAGCGCCCCAAGGCACAAUUGUCGAGCCGCGCCUAGCCUCCAGGUCGUCUCCAUCAGACUGGCAGAAAUUCAAGGUGGUCUGGAAUGGCCGUUGCCAGUGUACGGUAUGAUUGCUGUCAGAGACCACGUGGAUCACGAUCGCAACCUUCUGUUUGCCUGCUCAGUCAUUGAUGGUGAGGUCGAGUCGCUUGCUCAGUCAUUGAUGGUGAAAUUGACGACACACCCGGGCAACUUGAGCUGCUUGUUUCUCGUGGCAGUGCCAUGCCCGUGACUUCUGAGGGUUACCUUCUUCUGUCAAGGAAUGUCAUUUCUGUAGAUGUUAACAAGAGCCUGAAUUUUCUCCUAGAGGCCUGCUCAGUCAUUGAUGGUGAUAUCAUUGCACAAAAAGAAUUGUCCUUCGAACCCAAACUUUGCAACAUAAGUUAGGAUAGUUGUGAACUUAAUGGUAUUGAGUUGGAGAUCACUGUUGCUUGGUCUAGUCUUGUUUGUGAGAAGCGGGAUAUUUCGGUACAAGGAUGUGUUGGUGACGAGGAGCAGGACUGGGACGUUGCAUCAAUGGAGCAGCAGGUGCCGAAGAUAGACUCGAAAUUGACAUCGGAGGUGGGGCCAGAGGCGGAAACAGAGUCGGCGAUGAGUCUGGAUACCAGUGAAUUGGCGAUGAAUCGAGUACCUCCAUGUUCGUAUCAGACAAGUCAAUACUCGAACCUGCAGAUUCUGUUGCCGCCAACACAGGUUACGAUGUUGAGAAGAUGUAUAGAGGCAAAUCAGACGAACAAUUAAAAAUUGAGGCCAAGGAGAUGGCUGCCGAACAGAAGCGUUUUGACAUGUAUGUUGAUGCCUGGGAAGGGUCAUGGGGUUAUGAUGGGUUCGGUUGCUUCCGAGACAUGACGACAGUGAGUUUCAUGCAAUACACACACUUGGUACCAGGGAGCACCCCGUUGCACUAUGGUCGAGUAUUGCACUAUGGUCGAGUGUUGCCUAGCCUGCAGAUCUUCUCUGUUAAACUCGCAGAAAUACGAGGUGGUCUGGAAUGGCCGUUGCCAGUGUACGGCACGGUCGCUGCCCGAGACCAUGUGGGUCACAAUCGCAACCUUCUGUUUGCCCGCAACAGGAGUGAGUGCCAGAUACUCAAUGAAGAGGAUUCCUUUUUUACCUUGACUGGCCCCUCUCGUGCAAUUGUCAGCAAGGAAUCUGUUGUCUUUGAAAUCCAACUAAAAGUAAGAGGUAGAACAAAGUCUCAAGAUAAGCCACUGAUCAAUGGCGUGUACACUUACCACAGCAGAGAAAGACCCAUUUGCUUUAGGAACUGCUUUUGCACCGUAGAGUUAAGUUUGGAGAGAAUUAAGAAAUCAAUCCAGGCCACUAUUUUGGGCGUCCGUGUCAAAGAGGAGGGGUCAUGGCCAGCAUUCGGAGGUCGAGUUGCUUGCUCAGUCAUUGGACCUGACGCCAGCCCUCAGGAAAUUGAGCUGCUAGAUUCUCGUUAUACAACCGUGCCGAUUACUUCUGAGGGUUACCUUGUUCUAUCAAGGAGUGUUGUCUCUGUAGACUAUCGUGGAAGCCUGUAGUUUAUCUUGGAAGCCUACUCAGAUUCCGGUAAUAAAGUUGCACAAAAAAAUGAGUCCUUCGAGCCCAAGUUUUCCAACAUAAGCCAGCAAACAUGUAAACUCACUGGAGGCAUUGAGUUGGAGAUCACUGUUGCA